AUGACACAACUCACCUCGGUAUUAUUGGUUGGAGGUUCUGGAUUCCUUGGGUUACACCUCGUUCAGCAAUUCCACGACCGUUGUCCCGGCAUCGACAUUCACGUUUUUGAUAUUCGUCCUAUUCCAGACCAAAUCUCCAAAUACUUCACGUUUGAUCCCACCAAAAUCACCUUUCACAAAGGAGAUUUGACUUCGGAAUCUGACAUCAAGCACGCCAUCGACGCCUCCAAGUGUGAGGUUAUCGUUCACUCUGCUUCUCCCAUUCAUGGCAUGUCUCAAGACAUCUAUGAGAAGGUUAAUGUUGUCGGCACCAAAGCCCUUCUUAAGGUUGCUAAAACGUCGCCAGUCAAGGCCUUGGUGUACACCUCGUCUGCUGGAGUUAUUUUCAAUGGCCAGAACGUGUACAAUGCCGACGAGAGCUGGCCAUACCCUGAAGUACACAUGGAUGGCUAUAAUGAAACAAAAGCCAUUGCUGAAGAGGCCGUGAUGUCUGCCAAUGACUCUAGCUCGCUUUUGACAGUGUGUUUGAGACCAGCAGGUAUCUUUGGUCCCGGUGACAGACAGCUUGUGCCGGGUUUGAGAACAGCAGCCAGAUUGGGUCAAUCUAAGUUCCAAUUGGGCGAUAACAACAACUUGUUCGAUUGGACAUACGUCGGAAACGUUGCAGAUGCUCAUGUUUUGGCUGCUCAGAAAGUUUUGGACCCCAAGUAUGCCUCGCAACUUGGAGGAGAGACGUUCUUCAUCACCAACGAUGCACCCACGUACUUCUGGACGUUGGCCAGAACCGUGUGGAAGGCUGACGGCCACAUUGACAAAUACAACAUUGUUUUGAGCCGUCCUGUUGCCAUUGCGGCCGGGUACUUAUCUCAGUUUUUCUCUAAGCUUCUUAAUAAGGAGCCGGGAUUGACAGCAUUCAGAGCCAAGAUCACCUGUGCUACUCGUUACCACGACAUCACCAAGGCUAAGACUAUUUUGGGAUACACUCCGGAGGUUUCGCUUGAGGAGGGUAUUAAGCACACCCUCGACUGGAUCUACGAGACUCAUAAAGACUAG